CGUGUCGGGUGGGUCCAGUCCUCUCUGCGCCAUGAACACCCUCGGUCUUUUGUGCGCCUUCGCCGCCUUCGUCAGCUGCUUAGCUUUCUGUGAUGGUUCCUUCGCCGUAGUCUCUCACGCUCCAACUGCUGCCGUCGCCGUCCACGCUCCGGUUGCGCCAGCGGCCCCCUAUGUCUCCGUGGGACAUCACGCUCCCGUGCCAUUGGCGCCUGCCGCGUCCCAGUACCACGCCCAGGACGAGCUCGGACAGUACUCUUUCGGCUACAGCGGCGGCCCCUCCUCCAGGAGCGAGAGCCGCGACGCCUACGGCAACGUGCGAGGCUCCUUCAGCUACGUCGACUCCUACGGCAACGUCCAGUCCCGAUCCUACGUCGCCGACGGCUUCGGCUUCCGCGUGAUUGGCACCGACGGCCUUCGGCACAAGCGGUCCUACGGCACUUACCCGGCCUCCACUGGCCCCCUGGCCACCGUGUCCCACGUGGCUCCUGUGCUUCACGCUGCUCCUACCUUAGCUUCUGUUGCCUCUCCUCUCGGAGGCUUCUACGGUCACCACGCAGUCCCGUCCUUCGCCAGCUACGGGAGCCACCUGGCCCACCCCUUCGGCCACGUGCUUCGUCACAAGCGCUCCUACGGCACCUACCCGGCCUCCACUGGUCCUCUCAGCACCGUGUCCCACGUGGCUCCAGUGGUUCAUGCUGCUCCUGCAGUGCCCCCUGUGCUUCAUGCUGCUCAUGCUGCAUCCCCUGUGCUUCAUGCUGCUCCUGUAUUGUCCCCUGUGGUUCAUGCUGCUCCAGGCUUUGCUCCUGUUGCCUCCCCUCUCGGGGGCUUCCCCUUUGGACACCACACAGUUCCAUCCGUCACCAGUUACAGAAGCCACCUGGCUCACCCUCUGCUGACUAAAUAUUCUGACUACUAAACUCGUGCUUACACGCCUAAUUGCUGCAAUAAAGCUGUGUUUUAUCUAGUAAAAACAGAUUUGGAAGCAGUGAAAUAUGUGCAUAUAUGUCUCUCCCCCCCCCCCUCCGGCGCCCUCAUGCCCCUCUAUCCAUUUGGUCAACUCUGCCUAGAUCUCUUAUUCGUAACCUUUCUCUGUGUAUGUCUGCUUCCAUACCCUUUCG